AUGCGAGUAACACCGCAGCUUGGCGUGGGACAAGGCAAUCAGGACAACCAGGUGGUAAUAUUGAAGGAGCUAGGGGACCUUGGAGACCCUGAAUAUGAACGUCCUAUUUUCAGAGUGCAUGACAUCCUAAGAAAUGUGAAUAAGACGGCGUACGAACCAGAAAUCAUUUCAAUUGGUCCUUAUCACUGGGGAAAGGAAAGCUUAAGCACGAUGGAGAAGCACAAAUUGCGAUACCUCAACCAACUAUUUGAUGCAAAAGUAAAAGAAGCUAAAGAGUUACUAGCAAAGCGGGGAAGAAUUGUUGGCACAUUUGACAGAGGUGACGAGGGUAGCGAUGAUAUUAAAGAAAAAAUUUGUAAAAACUUCCUACAAGAGUUGAGAGAGGUGGCAAAGGGAGCUCGAGAAAAGUAUGUUGGAUCUUUAAGUCUUAACGACGAGCAAUUUGUGAAGAUGCUGCUUUUAGAUGGUUGUUUCAUAAUACAGUUGCUACGAAAAGAUUCCAUGCCGGAGUUGAUAAGUGAGGACGAUCCCAUUUUCAAAGUUGAUUGGAUGCGUACAAGCUUGCAACGUGAUUUGUUGUUGCUUGAAAAUCAGCUCCCUUUCAGAGUUUUGUGCAAAUUGUUUGAGUUGAUUGAUGAGCAUCCUAAUAGAUACGACAGGCUUGCUUUUCUUGCUUGUCGCUUCUUUGGUAACGCUUUUCAUGGAUUGACCGUGAAAAUACCAGAAAGCUUUCAAGCAAACCAUGCCGAGCAUUUACUUGACUUGAUACACAGCUUCUGGAGUCCUCCCACAUCAAGGGCCGCCACUGUCAAGUUACCUCCAGAUUCGAAAGAAAGCAGCCUUAACAGGAGGUUUCUUUCGGCAAAAAGAAUCAUAGAGAAUGCGGUGGUGUUUAAGAUAAGCAAGACUCCUGGCAAUUUAUUUGUUAUUGACUUUCCAGAGAAGUGCCUAAAGUUUCGUAAAUUGAUAUUUCAGCAAUUGAUCAUUGAAGGAAGAACAGAGACAUUCUUCAGGAAUUUCAUAGCGUACGAGCAGUAUUUCAAGGCUUCAAAGGGAAAUUUUGUGACCAAUUAUGUAGACUUCUUAGGCAACCUUAUUGAGUCAGAAGAAGACGCGGAAUUGCUUUGUUACAAUGGAAUACUUGAUAAUAAGCUGGGCGACUCAAAAUCUGUGGUUGAUUUGUUUACACAAAUAAAUCAGUGUGUCACGAUUGAGAAUCCCGAGAAGUCUAACUCCCUCUAUGGUCCUAUCUACCACCAAUUAAAUGUGCAUUGCAGCAAAAGGAGAAACUAUUGGAAGGUAAAUAAAGGUGGAACAAUGCGUAAUUCGGCAUAUCUUGAUGGAAGGAAGGAAGGACCGAGCAAUGAGCAAGCAAGCAAGAAAAGAUCAGAUGCUAAUCUUGGGAGAAAACGAAGUUUUAAAAUAAUGAGUGUCAGCGUGAGUUCUCAGUAG